CUCUCCGGCCCCGGCGCGGUGGCUGCGAACUCGCGGGCACGCACGGCGCUCGGGGAGCCGAGGGACUCGGGGGAGGGGACGUGCGCGGAAGGCGCCAGCUUCCUCUCGCCCGCCCCUCGCCGCCGCGAGCCCAGGUUGGAGGAACCCCGGGCCCCAGUCCGACAGAGCCGAGCGGCGGCGGCUUCCUUUUUCUCCCGCUGCGAGCCCUGGAGUGCCUCGGGGACGGGCCCUAAAAAGAGCAGGAAAUCUUGUUUACCGCCCGGGGAGAGGAGCCGAUCGAGCCUUUGUCUGGAAAAGUCAGCAUCCCCAGCACCGGCUGCAAUGUGUUCCUGGUGACAUUAGCAUUGGCAGACCCGCCGGGGAAGGGGGGUCACCAGGUUCAUGUCUGCUUUCGGAGGCGGAUCGAGCGGGUGACUUUUGUGCAUUCGUUUUAAUUUUCGGAAAUCUCUCUUUUUUCCUCCCUUGCCCGCCACCGGGCAUGUCCUGAUCCGGCGGCCGCUCCUACCGCCCGGGGCUGCCGAUCUGAGCGGUUUCCAGCGGGUCUCCCUCCCUCUCUCCCUGAUCCCUCCCUGAUCCCUCCCUGACUUUGCAACACCGCGUUCCGGGAGGACCGACCUCGGCGAGAAAGAAGGCGGCGGAGCCCCGAACACCCGGACCCGAACCUUGACAUGCUCUCCGGCGGAGAGGAGGAAGCUAGGAGCUGAGCGCACCGCCGGGGCUGCUUCGCCGGCCGGCUCCGAGCGCAGGGCUCCGGGCGCCCUAUCCUGCGCCUGGGCGGCAGCUUUGUUGGUUUAGGGGGCGCCCCCCCCCGCUUCCCGCCUCGGGGGCGCGCGGCCGGCAGGACCAUGCUGCUGAAGGAGUACCGGAUCUGCAUGCCGCUCACCGUGGACGAGUACAAAAUCGGACAGCUGUACAUGAUCAGCAAGCACAGCCAUGAACAGAGCGACCGAGGAGAAGGGGUGGAGGUCGUCCAGAAUGAACCCUUUGAGGAUCCUCACCAUGGCAACGGGCAGUUCACCGAGAAGCGGGUGUAUCUCAACAGCAAAUUGCCUAGCUGGGCUAGAGCUGUUGUUCCCAAAAUCUUUUAUGUUACAGAAAAGGCUUGGAACUAUUAUCCCUACACAAUUACAGAAUACACAUGUUCCUUUCUGCCGAAAUUCUCCAUUCAUAUAGAAACCAAGUAUGAGGACAACAAAGGAAGCAACGACCGCAUUUUUGACAAUGAAGCCAAAGACCUAGAGAGAGAAGUUUGCUUUAUUGAUAUCGCCUGUGAUGAGAUUCCAGAACGUUACUACAAAGAAUCUGAGGAUCCCAAGCACUUCAAGUCAGAGAAAACAGGACGGGGACAAUUAAGGGAAGGUUGGAGAGAUAGUCAUCAGCCCAUCAUGUGUUCCUACAAGCUGGUGACCGUGAAGUUCGAGGUCUGGGGGCUUCAGACCAGGGUGGAACAAUUUGUACACAAGGUGGUCCGGGAUAUUCUGCUGAUUGGACAUAGACAGGCUUUUGCAUGGGUUGAUGAGUGGUAUGAUAUGACAAUGGAUGAUGUUCGGGAAUACGAGAAAAACAUGCAUGAACAAACCAACAUAAAAGUUUGCAAUCAGCAUUCCUCCACUGUGGAUGACAUAGAGAGCCAUGCCCAAACAAGUGUAUGUAGAAUUUUUAAAACAUGUUGCCCACCCUUUACCAAACGUACACUUAAACUGAUCUUUGAAAAUACUGCAGACGUUCAGUUCUCAACAUUCCACACAAAAACAUGUCGUCACCCAGAGGCUGUUGGUGAAGAACCUGAGCUGGGUCUAAACUGGACAGUGUCACCUCUUGCUUCUAGAUUUUUCGAUUCUUAAAAAAUCCGCUUGAUUUGAGGGUUAUUUUUCCGCUCAUAAAACCCAAGAACGUGGAGAGUGGAAACAUUUGUGGCUGGUGAAUGGCCUGCACCGUGAAAGAGAGGAGACAAAGCAGGUGUCAUCUGAAAACUAGAAUAUCGUGACAGUAACUUUUAAAAAUAUAGUUAAUGCUCAAGUUAUUCAUUCAAGGGACAGCUUGUGGCUCAUCUGGUGUUUUAGAUUUCUUUACAUUUGCUUUGAAAUGCUUUCUGUGGCUCCUUAUAGCUGUUCUGGCCAAUCCUUUCCUUUUUGCUUCGGCUAAUCUCAAGACGGGGCUGCAGUCUGUGCACACGCUGGCUGAGCAGUGAAGGUUCGGUGAGCUGGGAAUGUGCGGGGCCACGUAGCCCAUCCAGCCUGGGACUCAAGAUGAGACUCAGAGAGCCACGGGUUAUUUAGUGGCACACUGGAAAUGGAGAGCUGACUGUAUGGUACAUGCCAGCAUUUUAAAUAUAGUUCUCUCUCAAUCAUUCAUGCUAAUGAAGAGGAGCUAAGAUAACAGAGAAAAUGUAAUCAAGUCAUUUGUAUGUAUCUUUGGCCAGCACUGUGAUCUCUUUGGGUAUCAGCUUGAGCCCGUGUGUCUGCUAGCCCACACCCUAGAACAGUACCUAUUAGAUUUUUAGGAAGUUGAUAAUGUAGGUAAAGACAAUUGAGCAACGGCUAUGGUUGUAAAUGGGUGCUUUAGAAUUGUGACGAUCUUUUUGGUUGCACUUUGGAAGUUUUGGGUUCAGUUUUUAGAGCACGUAUUUGGAGGGUGCGCUGCAAGGCUCAAGUGCAUGUGGCUUACCCUUGAGGCUCAGGUGGCCCUGACGUUUCCUCCCUGUGUUGCAUGCGGUGAUUGGAUUUGCGGAAGGCUAUGGGGUCAACUUACCUGGGCUGUUCCUCUCUGUGCACAGGCUCUUGCCAAUAGGACCUCCCUUCUCCCUCUGUCCCUGUUCUAACGUUAGAAAUACUCGUUAAGGAAACUGUCCUUGGAAGUCCAUCAUUUUAAAUUCCCUUUUCUUUUUGGAAUGACUCUAGUUCUCCAUCAGCCGCCCUCUGAAAGCUGCUUGCUUAGAAUAAGUGUGAUCAGACAAAGGAAGCCAGAGGAAAGGGGGAGAUGCCACAUUCCAAAGGAUGCUAAGCGCCUGGCUUUUCUCAUUCUAAGCUCUUACGGUUUUUAGCUUCAGGCUCUUUGUUUGGUCUUUCUGUCGUACUGCCUUUAUUACCAUUAGAAAGUCAGUUUACUAUGGAGACAGUGGUACCUAGAAUGGUUCUCCCAUGGGAAAGCCCCAUGCAUUCUCUGGCUGCAAUGCACUGUCCUUCCCAUGACUUCAGUGUAAGAGAUGCCUAUCUCCUCAGAAGUUACACAGAGUGGUUAUUUUGAGUGCUUACGACAUUUCCCUUAUUCUUUGGAAUUCCAUCAAAUUGGAGAUCAUUUAUUUUUCCAUUGUCUUUCUUCGCUAUCGUCAUGAAAUAACAGUUGAAAUCAAGAGGUUGCUGUCCAUCACAAAUAACAAACUGCAUGGGUGCUCAAUAAAAUUUAAAUCCUCAGCCUGAGUAGGGACACAUUGGAUUGAAAUUAUGCAAAAUUAACAUCCAUGAACACGGCAAUGAGAAAGUUAAGUCUCCUUUUCCAUUGAGCAGUUUCCAUGCCUUCAAGGAAGGGAACUUCUAAGAGACUCGGGGAAUGUAAAAUCGAAAUUCUGUAUUUUGGAUGUUUUCUGCCCCCUGCUGGAUAUGUGGAGUAGAGCAUUAUACUCUACCACUUGUGUAGAAAGUCUAAUUUUUCAAAGAUGUUUGUUUAUUAUAGCAGAAACAUACCCCAUUCACUGAAAUUUUUCUGAGAGUCUCAAUUUUACUUUGAAGUGCAUAUUUCUUUUUUAAAAACUUAAUCUCAUUUCUUAGCUUGUUUAAUAGUCUUAGUAUUUUUUAACGUGGCAAAUUUAUAGGUACAAUUUUUCUUGUUAUAUUCUAAGUUGUAUAUGAUAUCAAAACAAUCAUAUUUUAUUUCCUUUGUAAGAAAAAAUUUUCCUUUCAUAAUAUUUUAACAAUUGCUCCAGGAAAUCCUCUUAAGGAUUUUGGUUUUUUGAAAAAUAUUUCUGACAGAUGAACAUAGGGGAAGGGAAGGAAAAAUAAA